AUGUCUUCGGAAAAUAAAGAGCAACAUGACCUUUCAGCCACGGACUCACUUGAAGGAAAAGACCAAUACAGUCCUCCAUCUUUGAUCCAUAUGGAGCUUGAAAAGGAAUCAAGUACUGACUUCCAGCAACUUGAAACCACAAAUCAAUGCAGACAUUAUCCUAGGAUCCACAUGGAGCCUCAAGAGAAAUCAAAUACUAACUUUAAGAAAUUCAUCAACAAAAAACUACAGAAGAGUUGCCAGUGCAGCCCAACCAAAGCAAAACAUAUGAUUUUUGGUUUCCUUCCCUUUUUGCAGUGGCUCCCAAAAUAUGACCUGAAGAAAAAUAUUUUAGGAGAUGUGAUGUCCGGCUUGAUUGUGGGCAUCUUGUUGGUGCCCCAAUCCAUUGCUUAUUCCCUUUUAGCAGGCCAAGAACCAAUCUAUGGUCUGUACACAUCAUUUUUUGCAAGCAUCAUUUAUUUCAUAUUUGGGACUUCCCGUCACAUCUCUGUGGGCAUUUUUGGAAUACUGUGCCUUAUGAUUGGUGAGGUAGUUGACCGAGAACUAAUCAAAGCUGGCUUUGACACUGCUCAUGUUGCCCUGUCGUUAGGAAUGGUUUCAAAUGGGAGCACAUCAUUAAACCAGACAUCAGACAGGAUAUGUGACAGAAGUUGUUAUGCAAUUACAGUGGGCAGCACCGUAACCUUUAUGGCUGGAGUUUAUCAGGUAGCGAUGGGCUUCUUUCAAGUGGGCUUUGUUUCCGUCUACCUCUCAGAUGCCUUGCUGAGUGGAUUUGUCACUGGUGCCUCCUUCACUAUCCUUACAUCUCAGGCCAAGUAUCUCCUUGGGCUCAGCCUUCCUCGGAGUAGUGGCGUGGGCUCACUCAUCACUACUUGGAUACAUAUCUUCAGAAACAUCCAUAAGACCAAUCUCUGUGAUCUCAUCACCAGCCUUUUGUGCCUUUUGGUCCUUUUGCCAACCAAAGAACUCAAUGAGCACUUCAAGUCCAAGCUUAAGGCACCAAUUCCUACCGAACUCAUUGUUGUUGUGGCAGCGACAUUAGCCUCUCAUUUUGGAAAACUGAAUGAGAAAUACAAUACCAGCAUUGCUGGACAUAUUCCCACUGGGUUUAUGCCACCCAAAGCACCAGACUGGAACUUAAUUCCUAGUGUAGCUAUAGAUGCAAUAGCUAUGUCUAUCAUUGGCUUUGCUAUCACUGUAUCACUUUCUGAGAUGUUUGCCAAGAAACAUGGUUACCCAGUCAGAGCUAACCAGGAAAUGUAUGCCAUUGGCUUUUGCAAUAUCAUCCCCUCCUUCUUCCACUGUUUUACUACUAGUGCAGCUCUUGCAAAAACAUUGGUUAAAGAAUCAACAGGCUGUCAAACUCAGCUUUCUGGUGUAGUGACAGCUCUGGUUCUUUUGUUGGUCCUCCUGGUAAUAGCUCCUUUAUUCUUUUCCCUUCAGAAAAGUGUCCUUGGUGUGAUCACUAUUGUAAAUCUCCGGGGAGCUUUACGUAAAUUUAAGGAUCUGCCCAAGAUGUGGAGGGUUAGCAGAAUGGAUACAGUUAUCUGGUUUGUAACUAUGCUCUCCUCUGCACUGAUAAGUACUGAAAUGGGCCUGCUUAUAGGUGUUUGUUUUUCUAUGUUUUGUGUCAUCCUCCGUACUCAGAAGCCGGAGAGUUCAUUGCUGGGCUUAGUGGAAGAAGCGGGAAUUUUUGAAUCCACAUCUGCUUACAAAAACCUUCAGGCUAAGCCAGGCAUCAAGAUUUUCCGCUUUGUAGCCCCUCUCUACUACAUAAACAAAGAGUGUUUUAAAUCUGCUUUAUACAAAAAAACUCUCAACCCAAUCUUAGUGAAGGCAGCUCAGAAGAAGGCAGCAAAGAGAAAGAUAAAAAAGGAAACAGUGACUCUCAGUGGAAUUCAGGAUGAAGUUUCAGUGCAACUUUCCCAUGAUCCCUUAGGACUCCAUACCAUAGUUAUUGACUGCAGUGCAAUCCAAUUUUUAGAUACAGCAGGGAUCCAUACACUGAAAGAAGUUCGCAGAGAUUAUGAAGCCAUUGGCAUACAAGUUCUGCUGGCUCAAUGCAAUCCCUCUGUGAAGGAUUCCCUGGCCCGGGGAGAGUAUUGCAAAAAGGAAGAUGAAAGCCUCUUUUAUAGUGUAUAUGAAGCGAUAGCUUUUGCAGAAGAAUGUCAAAAUCAGAAAGAAAUAUGUUUUCCCAAUGGUCUAAGUCUUUCCAGUGACCAAUUGGAUAAGUAG